AUGGGGGUCUUGAAACCAUUCCAACUUUUGGAAAUAAACAUCAUUUCCGCACAAGAUUUGGAACCUAUGUCCAAAAAAAUGAAAACCUACGCGACCGUGUGGGUCCACCCUACGAGGAAGCUAACCACCGCGGUUGACGUUGAAGGGGGCAACAACCCAACAUGGAACGACAAAUUUGUUUUUCGGGUGGAUGAGGAGUUUCUCCGGCAUGAUACCUCAGCCGUACAAAUAGAAAUUCAUUGUGGCCAUUGGUUUAAGGAUUCUCUCGUGGGGUCCGUUCGCGUCCUCGUCGGAAAUCUCAUCCCUCCUCCGUCUAGGAUACACCAUAAUCAUCAUCCUCAUCAUCUUGGCAUGCGUUUUGUUGCACUUCAGGUACGUCGUCCAUCUGGGCGACCUCAGGGGAUAUUGAAUAUUGGUGUUGCAUUACUAGAUAGUACCAUGAGAAGUAUGCCGUUGUACACUGAAUUAAAUAAGUCUGCUGUUGGAUAUCGCGAUUUGAUGGAAGAAGAACAACUACCUCACCAUCACAACCAAAAAACAAACUGUGAAAAAACCAUCAACACCAACAACAACAACACCAAUAACAACAUGACCACUAUAAAACCGAUAUUGCUACGAACAAAGAGUGAACGUAGCGAACGUGUCAAAUUUGAUGAUGAUGUUCCAAAGUCUAAUAAUUCAAUAGUUGCAAAACCUUCAAAAAAGAAGAAUAAGGCAAAUAUUAAUUAUGACAAAGAAAGUUCAAUUCUUAGUAUUUCUUUGGAGCCUCCACCACAAAUGUUGGUGAAAAAGAAAGGCAAAGCAAGUUCUGUGAUUAGUGGUGCUGAAUUAAUAGAGAAAUCAAAGCCCAAAGGUAAAAAAGGCAAAGCAGGCUCAGUUCUUAGUGACUCAAUUGUGAGCAAAGAGUCAUCUCUUUAUAAUAAUGGGCCCAAAGAAGAUAAGCCCAAACUCAAACUUAUAGCUUUAGAGGUUGAGAACAAAGAAAAGCCCACAAAUGAAAAGAAAGUUGAUGAAAAUCCUCUCACAAAGCCCAAUAAACAAGAUGAUGAGCCAAAAGAGCCCAUAACAGUUAUUGGAAAGCCCGUUCAGAAUUAUGGUGGAUAUGAGUUUGGAGGCCCAAUAGUGCAAGGACACAAUGGAAAAUUUGUAUUUGGAGGCCCAAUCAAGGGAAAUGCUCAUCAUUGGACUGACUCAGAAAUUGGGCCUUCAGCAUCCGAGGUGGCGGCAGCCGUGGCUGAAAAAAAAUAUCCGUUGGAUGAUCAAAAGAGCUCGGUUUUGGAUGGUUGGAGUUUGGACGAGAGCGUUGAGGGGCUCAGGUCCAAACUCGAGAGGUGGCGGACGGAGCUACCACCAGUAUACGACCGUGGACAGGCAUCGAGCAGCUACCAUUCUACCGGUCGCCACACGAGGAGGCAUGCACGUGGGUCAAGUGGAUUGUUUUCUUGUUUUGGUAACAUAAUGGGGUAUGAAUGCCAAUGCGUUUGUGGUAAGCCUCAAAAGAAAUAUAACACAAGGUUCUAUAGCCCAUCAGUUGGCAGCAGAUCAUUGUUUUGA